GUCCACCUCGCUGCCGCCGAAACAAAGAAUGAGGAGAAAAUUCAGUCGCAUCACAUGAGCCGCCUGAUGGAUGGGUGGAUGAUGGAUGGCGGAUGGAUCCAUUACCGCUCCAUUUGCUGACUGCAUCCAUCCAUCCCAAGUCUCCUGUCCUCUCCUCAUUCUCCGCCUCUUGGUAUAUUCCCUAUCUCCUCGACACCUGCAUGCCAAGCGCACGUCUAUCCCGUCCGACUGCUGUCCAUUCCAUCUAGACCCUGUCUGAAGCCGUCUUCCAAGAUCGAUAUCAUCUGCACCGAUCCCCCCCAUAGCUUCUCUCCACGCACACACAGGCACGCACGCACGCGAGCGAGGCAUGGCCCAUACCCACAAUAAUCUGCCUGUAUGCGUGUUUCCCAACCAUGCACGCACCAUCUUGUCCCCGAGGGAGAGAAACGAAGUGAUUGCCCAGAACAAAUGAUAUCCAUCCUGCGACAUUCUCGCUUGCUCUGGAACAAUCGCCUCAGCUAACCUUCUUGUUAGCGGCAGUCAGCAUGAUGGCCUGCUUGACGAGCGUUUUCUUUUUUUUUUUUUUUUUUUGGAUUUCCGUUACGCAACCCGCAAAAACAAAAAACAAAAAUGCCUCCCUUGCUUUCCAGGCUGAGAUGGCUGGCUGGCCUAGCUAGCGCAACGUUUUGCCGUACCGAGCGAAUGCGCCAUCCGCCUUUCCGCUGUAGCCACCCUGCCUCUCUCAUUCUCCUUCCUCCGGCGCUUUUCCCUCGCUCGCCUUCUUUUUGCUCAUCACACUUUCCCAUCCAUCUCCAUUCUGUUGGGGGACUCGGCUCUAGCGCUAAUUCCUCUCCGUCCUCGCUUGCCCCCUCCCCUCGCUCCUCCAAACCUUUUUUUCUCUCUAGCUCCAAUUUCGUCUGCGUCGACCCUGUUGCGGCUGAAAUCAAUCAGUUACUCAAUCAACUCCAACAAGUUCCCCGCUUUUUCCUUUAA